AUCCUAACCCCUCCCCCAAACCUACUCCUAAACCUAGGGGGGUAAUAAUUUGGCAGGGGGUCAAAAUUGGGCACAACACCGGAAUCGGGUAGUAAGUCCACAGGCAUCCGACCCGCGUGCAGCAAACGGAGUCUCCGGCAGGCGAGAAUCUAACCGGAACUGGCCCGAGUGUGUUUUACUAUCUGGGUGAAAACCGCUGUCAUUGCAAAUGUUGGAAAUAUUCUGUAAAUUACAACCCGUUGAAGAGGCUUGUCGCCUACAAAAAUGAUUAAUCUUACCGUAUUCAGUGCAUUGUGGGUAUAAACACACCGCUUUGGUCAAACCUACAGGAACAUUACUAUAAAACUGUGAUAAAUAAGCGAACAACAACAACCAAGUAGAACGAGCAGGGUGGUGAUGUGACGUCACUUCAAGCUGGGAUUGACUUUCCCGACCAGGAACGAGAGAGAUUAUUGCAGUUUUGCUCUCGUAAAUCACAGGUCUGGUCGAAUUAUUUUGAGGUCACUUUUUAGUCAACUCUAGGUCUGAAGAUUCAAUGAUGGAUCCAUACAAUUUUACAAACAGUCCUCUCAAUAAUAACUCCAAGUAUGAAGAUUACUAUGAAGAUUAUGAUGAGUAUACAGAUCUCAGGAAAUCUGUUAACAUCAUGUCAAUCAUUGUAUACAGUCUGGAUUUUGUACUUGGAGUGGUGGGCAACGGCAUUGUCAUUUGGGUUACUGGAUUCAAAAUGAAAAGGACGGUCAACACAGUCUGGUUUCUGAACCUUGCUGUAGCAGACUUCCUCUUCACAUUCUUUCUUCCUCUCAGCGUGGCUUACACGGCUAUGGGCUUCCACUGGCCUUUUGGCCAGUUCAUGUGCAAAUUCAACAGCACACUUAGUUUAAUCAACAUGUUUGCCAGUGUGUACAUCCUGGUUGUGAUCAGUGUUGACCGCUGUUUGUCUGUGGUGUGUCCAAUCUGGGCACAGAACCAUCGGAAUGUGAGCCGAGCUUCUGUGGUGAGCUUCGGAGUUUGGUUAUUUGCCCUGGUGCUGAGCUCACCCUCCUUUGUCUUCAGGGAAACUGCACUCCGAAGCAACAAAAUCAUCUGCUACAACAACUUUGCAUUCUCUGAUCACAAUGAAACACUAGAGGUGGUGGAGCUCCGUAGUAUACGGCAUCGUGCCAUGAUCAUUACCCGUUUCAUCAUAGGCUUUGUGGUGCCUUUUGUGAUAAUCAUCUCCUGCUAUGCAGUCAUCAUCCAUCGUCUCCAAAGAAACCGUUCCAUGUCUGGCCGAACUGGACGCACCUUAAAGAUCAUUGCUGCUGUGGUCACCGCCUUCUUCAUCUGUUGGGCUCCUUUCCAUAUCCUGGUGCUCAUUGAGAUGGUAAACCACACGGAAAUGGAAUACAGCUCCACACUGCAAUAUGUCACCACUGUUGGAAUUCCCAUUGCGACCAGUUUGGCUUUCCUAAACAGCUGCCUGAACCCAUUGUUGUAUGUUUUCAUGGCACAAGACUUUAAAGUCAAGGUGCGCAAGUCAAUCCUGAAGGUUUUGGAAACUGCUUUCACAGAGGAAGCUUCACGUACAAAUACCUGCACAAAUUCAAUCCUCACUAUUCAAAACAAAGAGAAAGGGAGCAAGUCUUUUUCUGAUGCAGAAGUGUAACAUAAAUGAAGCACUUUUUCUAAAGAAGGACUUUACAGAGUGACUCAUUUGGAUUUUAAUGCCAACAUAAAUAAAAGUGAGACACAUUAACCUGAAGAACUGGAACAAAAUAAUUUUAGUUUGUUUGAAGCUUUACUGCCAUUCUCUCUAUGGGAAAUUCUUAUGUAAUGCAGAAUUUAUAUAUAUAUGUGUGUGUUUGUAAGAGAGAGAGAUUUAUUGAUAUACCCAUAAAGUAUUUGACAAAUAAAACUUGCUAUUGUAAGCAUA